GCCCGGGUCACAUGACCUAGAGGCACCGCCUCCCCCGCCGCCAUGUUGUUUCUAUCUCCCCUACCAGCUGGUGGCUGCAGCGGCGGGACGGGAGCUGCGCAGCCCCGGCUCCGACAGCAGCGGCGCCUCCCCCGGCAGAUGCUGAAUGAUGAUUUAAACUGAACAAUCAAGACCAACUUGACACCUGUCUUGCAGACUAACUGUGGUGGUUUUGUAAAGUGGACAGGCUUCCACUAUUUCCUGGGAAAAGAUGUUCAAAAAUAUCCAGACUCAGAAAUCAGGAGGAUCUAUUGCCAUAACAAUGGCAACAAAAUCAUCUCUACUUAAAGUAAUACUCUUAGGUGAUGGUGGAGUCGGGAAGAGUUCACUUAUGAACAGAUAUGUCACUAACAAGUUUGAUACACAAUUGUUCCACACAAUAGGCGUGGAGUUCUUAAAUAAAGAUUUGGAAGUGGAUGGACACUUUGUUACAAUGCAGAUAUGGGACACGGCAGGUCAAGAACGGUUCAGGAGCUUACGGACUCCUUUCUAUAGAGGUUCUGACUGUUGCCUUCUAACUUUCAGUGUAGAUGACUCUCAAAGCUUCCAAAACUUGGGUAACUGGAAAAAAGAAUUCAUUUACUAUGCAGAUGUGAAAGAGCCUGAAAGUUUUCCUUUUGUGAUAUUGGGUAACAAAAUUGACAUAAAUGAAAGGCAAGUGUCUACAGAAGAAGCCCAGGCCUGGUGCAGGAACAACGGCAACCAUCCCUAUUUCGAGACUAGUGCAAAAGAUGCCACUAAUGUUGCAGCAGCCUUUGAGGAAGCCGUUCGAAGAGUUCUUGCUACUGAAGAUAGAUCAGAUCACUUGAUUCAGACAGAUACAAUAAAUCUUCACCGGAAGCCCAAACCCAGUUCAUCUUGCUGUUGACUGUUAGAUUUUUUUUUUUUUUUUGCCAAUAAAGUUCUGACAAACUUACUCUAAAAAUAAGAAAAGGAGUAAUAGCUCAAAUAUAAGUGGGUUCCACUCUAAUAUUAUUAAAAUGUAACAUUCUGCUGCUUUACUGGGGAGUGGGGGAGGCUUCCAUUCAGUGAGUGACUUGUUUCUGAAUUAGUGGCAUCUUCUGUUUAGAAAGAUGUCAGCUAAAAAUGUUCAUUUAAUAUAAAUGUGUAAUUUGCAAAGUUAACAAAUCAAAUGAUAAAUACUUUAAAUGUAAUUCAGAGAAACUUGAAAGUUCUAGAAGCACUACUUCUGGGUUUUUUUCUGUAAUUCAAAUGCAAGGAACAAAUUUUAUAUGUAUGUGUAUAUUUUUAUGAAAUUAGCAUUCCAUUUUUGGUUCACUAAAACCCAUUUCAUAACAUAAUUCUAACUAUUAAAGAACUUCAGUCUCCUUACAUUCCUUUUGAUCUGAGUGGUACUUCAUCUGAUUUUUUUUUUUUAAUUCUAUAUAAACCUUUAGAUUUUCUGCUAUUAAGUACCUAAUGUCACUAGAACUACUGUAGAUUUUAAGGUAGGAAAUAAACCUCCUGCAUACUUAA